CGGUCGGAACGGAUUUAUUGGCCCGAAAGAAAUUCAAAUCAACGAAAGUGGUUAACAACAAAGUUAAGCGUGACCGUGGCCAAUGAAGUGAGGAGUAAACAAAUAAAAGAAGGAGGGGGGUUGUCGUUGUUAUUCCUCUGUCAUUCUAGUGGGGUGUUUGAUAGUUUAUUGCCAUACCGUACCCACUCACCAAAAAAAGGUCAAUAACAAAUAGUAAUAAUAAAGCAAAAGUGGAAAUGGAAAUGGAAGAAGGAAAAAAGUGCAACCAAUAAUACAAAAUUAAAGAGGAUAGAAAAACAAUAACAACAACAACGGCCACAAUCGACAGCCACCUUGGAGGUGGCUAACAAAAUAUUUCACUACAUAUUGGCAAGGCAAUACCAUUAAACAUAAUUAAGUGUGUGUGUGUUUGGCAAGUGUGCCUGAAAACCUAAAAGUGUAUUCGAACGUUUUAAUUUGUGUUGUUGGUUUGUUUGUUUUAGUGCUUUACUUCGCUGAGGGAAAUGGGAGCGAUUCCCCUCCUAUUAAGGAAAUGUUAAUGUCGCUGGGAAAUGAAAAGUUAUUGAAAAUGUUUUAGUUACCCACUUCAGUAAAUGGAAUAAAUGAAUAAAUGAAAAUACACGCAACUCCGAAAAAAUCAGUGAAAAAGGAAAAACAGAAGAAAAUAACAAAAACAAAAAAACAAACCAUGUGAUUUCACAAAAAACUGAUGAUGACACACAAAACUUCAAUGUGAAUUCCCAUUUUUUUGGCGUUACGUACACACAUACAUACGUAUAUCGUACAUCUAAAAUAUGCUAUCAUACCCAUGUGUACUAUGCUAAAACGAAAUCUUCAAAACUUAAAUAUAUAUUGACAAACGACCAGCUAGAAAAUCCAUAUUUGGAUAAAAGCCAACAAAAUUUGCUGCACCCCAAAACCUGAGAAGAAUUCUUGUCAUCUGCCCCUACUGCCGCUGCCACAAAGAUGGCCCCAACAAGCUUUCUUAUGGACUCAUUCUCAAAUGGCAAUGGUGCCCGUCUGACAUUGGGCUCUGCCGUCUUAGUCUAUUUGAUUGCCUACAAUGAAACGACGGCACCGUGUGUGGUUUUGGCCACCAUUGCGGCCACAAUUUAUGCAGCUUUGGCGGCACGCUGUAAAACAAGUCUGAGAUCCCUACAGAUGCCUUAUAUACGGGCCAGCAAUAAAUUUGACUUCGGUUGCCUUUUUCUGGCCACUUGGAUGGAAAUGUUGUCGGUGUUGUGUGCCUGCGGGGCAUUGACGCGUACGUUGAGCAUGUGUUUGGAUGCCAUGACUGGCGGUUUAGCACGUAUCAUGAUUUUAGGCCGCAAUUCACCAGCCAACGAACCCUGGCCAGAUGUCUUGGGAGUAGCUGUGGUGUUUCUGGUGACGGGCAUGUUUAUGCUAGGCCUAGAGCAUUCAAAGGCUUUCAGUUUUAUAAUGGCAUUGGCCAUGUUCGGCUUGAAUGCCAUUUUAAGUGCCGUUGGCUGGUGGAAUGGCGAUGCUAUCGCCUGGCAUGAGACUCUAUUGCAGCCGAGUGGUUUCAAAAGUUUACUUACCGCCACUGCCUUAUUGACGUUUUCCUUUCCCGUGGAAUGUCCAAGCCCCAAGACCGGUUGGAAACGGUUCACAGGAUUAUUUAUGAUCCUCUUUGUGACGAUAUCACUGCUAUUGGCUUCCGGUUGUUUAACCACAAUAUUGCACUACAAACCCAUAGAGGAAUAUGCAGCCGUCCCAUUGUUUCACAUUUUGGAUGAAAACAAUUUCCAUAAAUUAGUACCCGCAGCUGCCUGUAUGUUAAUGUUAACAGUAACCGGUGCCUUUUUAGAGCUAUUUCCGGAACUAUAUCGUAUUAUAGUACGUUUUGCCACAUCGGAAUGGCGGAUAUUGACGAAGCAGAUUGCCUAUGAAAGUUCGGAAAGUGGUAAUCCGGUGUUGGCGGUUUUUAUAGCGGGAAGCCUUUGUGCCAUGUUGGCAUUUGCUUGCCCCCUGCAAAAUCUCUCCUAUAUGCUGGCCGCCAGUCAUUUGUGUGCGGUGUUCUUCCGAGCUUUCUAUUUGCUCUACACGCCCUUCCGUCCAAAAUUUAUAUUACAGUGUAACACAGAUUCUUCAUUAUCAUAUAGCCGACUGAAUACCGAACCCAUCACCCAUAGUUCUUCGUCGGCCCGCCUAAAGCGCAGCCUCUGGAACUUGAGUGUUGGCAAACAGGCUCCAAAUAAAAAACCCAAAGCAAAAUCAAAAAAUAAACAAGAAGUGGAGAAGGAGUGGUUACUUUUGGGUGAGCCAACAUCACCCUGCCCCCAAAGGGAGACCAAAGAUGUUGAGUCCACGAUAUUAUCCGAUGGAGAGCCUCCGCCCUCGGAUUUCGAGUACCCGGAUAAAUUUGAUAACAGCGAUUCGGAUACAUCAACGGAUAUUGAUGCCAUUGUCGAUGAGUACCGCCAAAAGGUUAAAGUGGCCACAGCCGGUCCAUUGGACAGAACGGCUCGCAUACCCACAGUCUCUUCGUGGCGUGUCACCAUAUUUGCAAUUGUGGUUGUGUUUUUGGGUGUAGCUUUAAGUUUGGCCGGCAUUUUUAUGCAUUGGGCGCCAGCGGCAUUCACGGGGUCAAUAGGUGUCUUCAUAAUAAGCCUCAUGAUGCCGCUAAUACCCAAAUACACGGGCAGUGUAGUCAAUGUCAGUCCCGUUAUUUGCUGUUCGGCCAUUUUUAUUGGCUGUAUUCUCUUCGCUUCUUGUGCUCAAUAUUCAUGGCCUGCGAUUUUAUUUUGGAUUGUAGCUGGCCUCAUCAUGUUAAUACGUUGUGAUAAUAUUUGUUGUGAUUGUCUGAAUCAAGAUCGCGGUGGGUCAUUAAAUGAACAACUCUUACCUAGUGUCACACCCGGAUCCACAGCUGCUUCCGCAGGGACGACAACAAUUCGUAUGCCACGACCACCCAAGGGCUUCAUCACAAUACCGACACACAUCAAUGCACCGAGAUGACAUUCGGAGUCCUCUGAGGGUGAAGAUUUGUUCAACGAGGACUUUAAUAUUCGUGAUUUUGAAGAGGGCGAUGAGGAUGGGGAUCCUAAUGGAGAUUGGACUGAAUGAUGGUAAUUGCGAGUGGAGUGUUAACCAACAAGCUAGUUAGAAAUUCAAAAUAUUUACGAAAAUCAGCUUUUUUACUCGUUACUAAGAUGCCUGAUGCUAUAGCAUGAAUGGGAGUGGAAGUUUUUGCAAGCAACAAAAUUGAAGAAACUAUUUUUAUAUAGCCUAGAGGACUAUUGAAAUUUAGGAACAAAAAAAAAUAAAAUUAUUUUUGUUUUUGAAAUUAUUACAGCAAUCAAUUAAAAAAAAAGCAAUUUAAAAUUUUGAAUAUUUUUUUUUUCUUAAAUUCUAAUUAAAAUAAUUAUUACCAAAUAUGAAUGGAGACUUUAUACGGGCUUUACUUAGUCUUUAAGAUGUUUAUUAAAGUUGUCAAAGAAAUCAAAUUGAAAAAGAAACAAAAACAACAACAACAAACGAAAGUAUUAUGUUUUCAAAUAAAAAUGUCGAAGAAUAAAACAAAUUUGAA